AUGGAUGAUAGUGAAUGGGAUGAAGGGCCAAGUAACAGAUAUGAGGGAGAGGAAAAGAACGAGGAGGGGAUUGAAGGGGGUGAAGUGCAUAGAAAACCAAGUAAAGCUGUGGAACAAGGGGUCCAAUUACGAAAGAGAAAGAGGAUUAUUCCUAUGUGGAAGAUCAUUGAAGCUAGUGAAUUGGUGAAAAAACCUGUGCCAGAGACAGCCCGACUUUGGAUGUUAGACCCAAUGAAGGCGAUUCCGCAUGAUGAUAUGGUGAAAUUGCUGAAACUUUGUUGGGAAUGGCGCCUUAACCCAAAUUUAGUGAUGCAAUUUGGCCACGUGGAAGCUGAGAUUGAAUUCUUCGCUUCCCUCGUAAAAGCUGACGGUUGGCUGACAGGAGAUCACAUUGAUUUGGGGUUGUAUCUCAUCCGGAAGCGACAACAAGAUUUGGAGGUUGUAGAAAUAUCGAACUGGACAACGACCGAUGUAUUUUUCAUGAAUCACAUCCAUACUUGCUUUGUGGAUAAUAAAAGAAAAAAAGAGCAGGCUGGGUGGAAAAUUAGAAACAAUUUAGUGAACGUUGUAAAUGGCAAGGUUCCGGCGUGUGGGGUGGAUUGGCAGAACGUGUAUAAGAUGAGAUGUUAA